UCAGGUUCUGCUCUACUGUCUCUUGCACUUUUUGUGACUUUUCAAAUUCUACCAACAAUGCGUACAUUGCCAAUAGAUUGCCAAAAGAACACUGCAGUUUGCCUGGAGGAAAUAAUGAAGGAACUCACCCAAGUUCGAUUUGAGGUUAACAUUCUCGCAGAGAACAGAACAUCGUUGAGAUGUGAGUAAGAUAUCCUUCGUUUACUCGUAUUUAUCAUUCCAUCUUCUCUCAAUCGUAACUUAUAUUACGAGAGACUAAUUCUGCAGAAUGGUGAAUCCAACUUAUGUUUCAGUAUACAGUAUAUUGUUCGGUUUGGAGCGGAUUCGGGAGGGAGGAACCGAGGAAUGAAGGUGUUCGUUCCAGAAUGUGUACGACAGUUUUGUCUCUGUGUGUUUGAAAAACGUGAAUAAUAUAUAUAUGUGUAUAUAUAUAUAUAUUUUUUUUUUUCAUCCGUUUUAUUUUUGUCCUUUAUCGUCGUUUUUAUCCUCAUUAAUUUGCUUUAUACCUAAUAAAAAUUAAGGAGAAUUGCAGGCUAAGGUUAAUAAGUACGUGUCAACUGUUUUACGAUCAUAUUGUAGAAAAUGUAAAAAUUGUAAAAAUGUAGGUUCCGUCUUUUUCUUUCCAAGAUAUAGAUUUUUUAUACAUUUUUCGUCAGGUGCAAAUCUAUACCCACCCUCGUUUUAGACAUUCUCCCGCCAUCGGACACGUUUAUUUUAUCUUCAAUAGCUAAGAACUGCGCUGAGCUGUACAAAUCUGGUCAAAGGGUCAGCGGUGUUUACACAAUCGACCCGGAUGGUUCGGGCGCCUUUAAUGCAUACUGUGACCAUACUACAACCGGUGGGGGAUGGACGGUGAUCCAGAAGAGAAUGGAUGGCUCUGUCGAUUUUAACCGCAGCUGGGAUGAUUACAAGCAUGGCUUCGGUAACUUGGUCGGUGAAUUUUGGCUGGGACUAGACAAGAUAAACCGCCUGACACGAAACAAGACAAAGAACAAGCUUCGAGUAGAUCUAGGAGUAAAAACUGGCGAGACUGUUCACUCUGAGUAUGGUUGGUUUGGGAUUGGGACCAAGACAGCUAAGUACUGGCUAGACCUUAGCAAAAUCAUAGGUAAGUAGACCGUUUUUUAGCAUUCAUCGCUCGAUCUUUAUACGUUACUUCUCUCUCAUCAAAAUCUCGAUCUAAAACUCCACCUAGUCGAAUAAUGGUAUUAUUAAGUAGCGGGGUAGCCCUGAGGUAGACCCGCAUGUUCUGAUUAGUUCUUACUCGGUCGAGAGUUUGGUCUGAGUGCCACAUAAGAAACUUCUUACUAACCAUAUUUUAUUUGUUUGUUUAUUAUUUAUCUAUUUUUUUUUUUUAACGGAAAACAACCAUUUUUAAAUUGCAAAGACACUAUACGAACCCUUGAAUUAUGCGGAUUUUUUUUGUUCUGUUUUGAAACAGAUGCCACUGUUUCCAAUGAUUCACUCGGUCCUCAUAAAGGUUUCGUUUUUGGUACCUGGGAUAAGGUUCCUGCUGGUUGUGCUCAACAAAUAGGAGGAGGCUGGUGGUAUGACAGCAGUAUUACCCAAUGUGCUGUUUCGUCAAAUCUUAAUGGUAUUUAUCCACGUUGUGGAAAAGAAACCUUGGCCGCUAUCCACUGGGGAUACUUAGAGAGAAGUACCAAGAGAAGCGCUCCAACAUCAACUGAAAUGAAAAUAAGACCAGUGGAAUUAAUGCGCGUGGUUUGA